UCCGCAGGAAAAAAUAGGGUAUAACUUCUGACGUUUUGACGUCAUUUUCAGUUCAAGGAAUUUUUCUGCGCCGUUAACAUCGUAUUAAGCUUGAAUAAAAUGGGUCGCCGUAAGUCAAAACGCAAGCCUCCACCAAAACAAAAGAACAUUCAGCCGCUGACGAAAGUUUUCGAUUGUCCUUUCUGCAACCACAAACAGGCUUGUGAAGUCGUAAUGGACAAGAGCAAGUUAAUUGGAAGAGUCCAGUGCAACAUAUGCCAAGAAUUCUACCAAACGUCCGUGAAUUUCUUAACAGAACCGAUUGAUGUUUUCAACGAUUGGAUUGAUGCCUGCGAAGAACUGAAUUGAGAAGAUUAUGUAAAACAGGAUUUAUAAAAUAAAUUUAUAAA